AAUAUUAUCCAAAAUGUCAUUUUUAUUUUGAGAACAGUUUUCCCUCACGUUGUUUUGGAAGACAAAAUUGCAAUAUUUUCCCAAUUUUUCUACUGAAAAUCAGCCACAGAAUGAAAGUUAAAGUGAUUAGUCGGAAUCCCGAUGACUAUCUCCGUGAAACAAAAAAAGAUUUACACAAAAUGCCGAGGAAUUACAAUCCUUCUUUGCAUCCUUUUGAGGCUCCCCGGGAGUAUGUUCAGGCUCUGAAUGCUACAAAGCUGGAGAGAGUGUUUGCCAAGCCAUUUCUCGGUUGUCUCGAUGGACACAGAGAUGGUGUAUCUUGUUUUGCCAAGCAUCCACAGAGUCUGUCUUGCCUCAUUAGUGGUGGCUACGAUGGUCAGAUUUGUGUGUGGGAUCUCCCAACGAGAAACAACAUGAGGAACUUCUAUGGUCAUGAAGGAUUUGUCCAUGGGAUUACGUAUAUGCCAGAUGGGAAAUCUUUUAUAUCCGUAGGGAAUGAUAAGAGCAUAAAAUUCUGGAAGACUGCACAGCCAGACUUUGGGGAAGAUGAAGAACCCUUUCACACAAUUCUCAGUCGAACGGUACUCAUGGGCAUCAGUCACCAUCGGCAUGAGUCACUUUUUGCCACAUGCGGAGAAGUCUGUCAACUUUGGGAUGAGUCUCGCAGUGAACCACUGAAAACUCUCAAAUGGGGAGUAGAUUCCCUCCAUGCUGUGACCUUUAACAUGGUGGAAACUUCCCUUUUGGCUUCCUGUGCAAGUGACAGGAGUAUCAUUCUGUACGAUCAGCGGGAAGCUAAACCACUGCGAAAGGUCAUAAUGACAAUGAGGCCAAAUAAACUCGCCUGGAAUCCCAUGGAAGCUUUCACAUUCUCCGUGGCAAAUGAGGAUUACAAUCUGUACACCUUUGACACAAGACGCCUGAAGAAUCCCGUGAAGAUUCACAAAGGACACGUUUCUGCUGUCACGGAUGUGGACUACUCUCCAACUGGUCAGGAAAUUGUAUCUGGAAGUUAUGAUAAAACCAUCAGGAUUUACAGUGUCUUUAAGAAUUUCUCCCGGGAUGUUUAUCACACCAAAAGGAUGCAACAUAUCACCUCCAUCGGUUGGUCCUUGGAUAAUAAAUACAUCUUCAGUGGUUCCGAUGAGAUGAACAUACGACUGUGGAAGGCAAGAGCAUCUGAGAAGUUGGGUGUUGUUCGUCAACGCGAAAGGAUGGCUUUCAGGCAGAAUGAGACUCUGAAGGAGAAAUUCAGUGCUCAUCCGCAAGUUAGACGAAUAGCUCAGCACAGGCAUGUGCCCAGGAAGGUGUUCAAUGAUCAGAGGAAACAAAAUUUCAUUCGGGAAAGGGAAGUCAAGAAGGAGCUUAACCGCAGGAAGCAUUCAAAGCCUGGGAAACAUGUUCAUAUUCCUGAGAAACAAAAGGUGAUUCUUUCAGAGAAAAAAUAAAAUACGCCAACUUUGA